AUGCUAAUACACCACAUCAUCAUAUUGAGAAUAUCUGUUUUUAAAACAAACAAAACAUUAGAAUAUCUCAAAUCAAUUUAUAAUAAUAAAUUAACACCCUUCAUGCCAUUUGACAGGCUGUUCAUGCGAGGAAGUGAUGACCAGUUCAACAGUCUGGUAAGCUGUUCUGGUGGUUGUGUUGAUGAAAUAGUGGAAGAAAUCAAACUCAACUUUGUAGACAGAAUAUUGAAUAGAACCAAGUUGGAUAAGGCAGUUCUACUAUGUAAUUACAACUGUAUCAAGCAACUGAAGUACAAUAACUGUAAGUACAACGGAAGAUGGAUAUUCAUGUCGUUACUUGGAUUCACUGAGCUACUUAGCUCAGGAUGUGCUUUGCUCAAGUUCAUCAUAAACUUGUCCUACUACAAGAAAUUGGUGCGAAUAUCAAGAGGAUCCCCACUCAGAGUCGAUUACCUGAUUCACUACGGUGCAAUGUCACUUGCAUUCAUAUCAUCAUUUCUAUUCCAUCUUCAUGAAACAGUACUGACCAGAAACAUGGACUAUUUUACAGCUGUAUUUACCAUUGCAAUGAGUGCAUUGGUAACAACACAGAGGAAUAUUCUGAUAUUGAUCAGUAUAAACAAAAAGAAUAGACAAAGUGGUACAGAAUUACCAAAAUGCUAUUAUGUAUUGAAACAGACAGUACGAAUUAUAUUUGUGACUGGAUACGUGUAUCAUGUAUACAGAAUGCUCUAUAUUGACUUCAACUACAAGUAUAAUAUGGUAGUAUGUGGGAUACUGUUGUGUUUGAUUCAAUUGAAUUACCUGAUUACAACAGUCUACUACAAAAACAAGCAUAUCAAGGACAAAAUAGUAACAUUGACCAAUUUGAUAAUAAUAUCAGGUGUAUUCGAGUUAAGUGACUUCCCGCCGCUAUUCUAUUUGAUGGAUUCGCACUUUUUAUGGCAUGCUGGGCUACUAUUGAGCAUUAAGCCAUUUUAUAAAUUCACUUUUUUGGAAGCGAAGCUGUACAGGAAGAUGUUUAACAGGACAAAAGAAACAGAUAAACGGAAAUAA